UUUCCCCCAAUUGUCUCACAUUUUCAUUCAUCACACGCAACGCAACACUUUGUCAUUUUCACAUUCCUCUUCACUCUCCCUCCAGAGCUGCGAUCCUCUGCAUCCAUGGCCACCGUGCAACUCCAAUCCCUCUCCCUCCUUCCCUCCUCUACACUCCCUUCCGUCACCGUCUCUUCACCGAUCUCCGCCUCCUCCUCCCUCUCCGGCCGCAGAAGCUCUGCCAGGUUGCUGCACUACACCAGCCUCAAGCUCCGAUCCGUCGCCGGAACUCGUCUUACCGCAUCAAAAUUCGCGCCUCGCCGAGGACGCGUCGUGUGCGAGGCACAAAAUACUGCUGUUGAAGUGACUUCUAUUACUGAUGCUAAUUGGCAAUCACUAGUCAUUGAAUCUGAUACUGCUGUAUUAGUUGAAUUCUGGGCUCCAUGGUGCGGUCCCUGCCGGAUGAUCCACCCAGUAAUUGAUGAAUUGGCAAAGGAAUACGCUGGUAAGCUCAAGUGUUACAAACUCAACACUGAUGAGAGCCCUUCAACUGCUACCCGGUAUGGGAUUCGAAGUAUCCCUACUGUCAUUAUCUUCAAGGAUGGUGAGAAGAAAGAUGCAGUUAUCGGUGCUGUGCCUAAAACAACAUUGAUCUCAAGCAUAGAAAAAUUCUUGUGAGGUGGUAAAAGCAAAGAAGGCUUCAUAUUUAUUAGCUUCCUGCCAUUAAGCCUAAGUUUGGAUUGUUUGCUUUCCUAAAUAAUCAAUUAUGGUCGGCCCUGUAUAGUUAUGGGAUGUUAUCAUGUUUUCUGUUCUUUUAGAUAAAUAUGGUUACCAAUAUGCUGUGUAAAUUUGCCUUCAUAGGACGUUGGAAUCCAUUUACAUCUUUAGCAUCCUUUUCCUUUCA